AUGGGGAAUAUGACAGCCAAGGAAGUGCUCAAGGAGACCUUUGGGUUACUUGACGAGGUGAGUAUCUUACGCGAGGACCUUCGUGAAAUGGUACCGUUUGAAGUCAUUCACACCAUGGAUGGCAAUGAUAGGUACCAAGAGGUUCACAACAUUCAUACCUUUGAAGGUGUGAUGCAUCGAUACCAGGAUCAACAGACAGCUCGCCUACACAACGUGGCUAGACUGAUAAAUCUAGGUCUUCUGCAGUGGAUAUUUUCUGCCUUCAAACGCGGCUUAGGUAUAGAGACUUCCUGUCAAUAUCCUGAUAUAAACAGCGUCUUGCUCAAAACAAGAGAUUACACGAUGGAGAAAGUACUUGUCGAGAGCGCAGAGCUGGUCAGAGAUAUACUAGCCAGUGUUCCCUACUAUCUGGACCUACUUGAAUCGCAAAACAGCAUAGAGGCGCGGUACCUCAUUUGGCCUUUGACAAGCAUCGUAAGUCUCGACGUAUGCCCGCCCUUAGCUAGGCACUACAUCGAAGAUCGCCUUAAGGUACUUGGCUACAAGUACAAUAUCAGACAGGCCAUAGAGGUGGCAAAGAUGCCUGAUCAACGAGAUCACGUACGGAAAUGGUGA